AUGUUUGACAAACUGGAAAGAUACAAAAUAGUGAUAGGAGAUUUCUGGGAAUGGUCUGAUAAUUAUGGGGCCUCCAAAAUAUUGAAGCUCAAGCUCGCUACUAUCAUUCAUUUAGAGCAUGGGGUUAAAGAACUCAUUAAAGGAGUGGAGGAUUUGUACUUGGAUGAAGUAAAUGGAAUCUCCAAUGUGCUUUACCAUUUGAAUGGAGAAGGAUUUCCUUUGUUAAAGCAUAUUCACAUACAAAAUAAUGGAGAAAUUCAACACAUCAUCAACUCAAUGGAGAGAAAACUAAGUCAUGUUUUCUUCCCCAAGUUGGAGACAUUAAUACUUCAGAAUCUAAAUAAAUUGGAGAAGAUAUGUCAUGGCUCAUUUACGAAUAAUUCGUUCGUAAAACUUAGAUCCAUCAAAGUCAAAUGUUGUGGCCAGUUGGAGUAUCUCCUGUCAAUGUUGAUGGUCAAAGCUCUUUGCCAACUUGAUGAGAUUGAAGUUUCAGAUUGCAAUUCUAUGAAGAAGAUUGUGUUUAUGGAAAAUUCCUUCUCAAACUCUGUAACUGUUGAUGACGAUAUUGAGUUUUGUUCAUUGCGAUCCUUGACAUUGCGAUAUCUGUCAGCCAUUGAGGAUUUCUACUCUGCCAAUUCUUUUCACAAGUUGGCUAAACUGAGUGUUGAGAACUGUCGCAGCUUGAAGUGUUUAUUCUCGGCUUCUAUGGUUAGAAGUUUUCCAAACCUUAAGGAGCUUGAGAUAGGAGAGUGUGAGAUGAUGGAGGAGAUAAUUGUUACAGAGGGGAGAAAUGAUGCGGCAAUAGAAGAGGUUGGGCUUACAAAAUUGGAGACUGUCGUAAUAAGCAACAUGGAAAGGUUAAAGAAAGUAUGGCACUCCCAAUUUGAUGGGCUCAAGACUAUGGAGGUGAAUAAUUGUGGGAAACUUGAGAAUAUUUUCCCAUCUGAUAUGCACAUAACAUUUGAAAGAAUGGAGACAUUGAAGGUCAGUGAUUGCUGUUCUGUUAAAGAGAUAUUCCAAUUACCUGCCAUUGAAGAGGACACAAGGAAGACACGGGUCACACAAUUGAAGAAACUCCAUCUACUUCACUUGCCCAAGUUGAAACAGAUAUGGAGUAAGGAUCCCCAAGGAACCUUCCGCUUUCGUAAUCUCCAAGAUGUCCAUGUUGAAGAUUGUGAAACUUUAGAAUAUCUCUUCCCAUUUUCAAUAGCCAUGGAUCUUCAUCAACUCGAACAACUCACAAUGAACUUUUGUGGAAUUGAUGAAAUCGUAGCAAAGAAAGAGGGACCCAUGGAGGAUGAAGCCAUAUUUCACUUUGAUCGAUUAUACUGCUUGCAGAUUUGGAACAUGCGUCAACUUGACAGGUUUUAUAGUGGAAGCCACAGUUUAAUGUGCCCAUCAUUGAGAAUUUUAGAUGUCUUUAGAUGUGCGCAAUUGAAGCUAUUGGGGAGGCAGAGUACAAUUAACCAAAGAAAGAAUGGUGAUGACCAGAAUUCGCAUCUCUACUUUGCGCAACAACCUCUCUUUGUAAUUGAAGAGGUGAUUCCUAAGUUGGAAGAGUGGACAUUAAAUAACAAGGACGCCAAAUUGAUGUUGAUAGACCCACAGUGGAAGGACCACUAUUUGAGUAAAUUGAAGCGUCUUCGAAUGUCCAAUUUUGAUGAUAAACUAGCAGCAACUUUUCUUGACUCGAUUGUACAAAAGGCACCAAACUUGAAAGAUCUAAUUAUUGACCAUAGUUCCUUAAGUGAGAUAUUUAGAGAUGAAAGAGCUGCAUAUAAGGAAGGAGAGAACAAAAUCAACACCCAACUUGAAUUCUUAUUGCUGUAUAAUCUACAAUUGCAACAUAUAUGCAGGGAAGGAUGCAAAAUCGACCCAAUUCUUGAGGUUCUUGAAAUUUUAUGCGUUAAAAAAUGCGCCAAUUUGAAAACUUUGGUUCCUUCCUCCGUCACUUUUUCCCACUUGACAUAUUUGGAGAUUAUCGAGUGCAAUGGACUGAUCAACUUAAUUUACUCAUCGACUGCCACAAGUUUGGUCAAUUUGCAAGGCAUAACAUUAAAAGAAUGCAAUUCACUUGAAGAAAUAGUAACGCAGGGGAUGAAAGAGGCAAGGGAUGAAAUUAUAUUCAGAAGUUUGAGAACUUUAGAAUUGGAAAGCUUGCAGAGGCUCAAUAGUUUUUCAUCUAGUCACUACUUCUUCAGGUUCCUGUUGUUGGAGAGAGUUGUUGUGAGGCAUUGUCCAAGGAUGAAAACCUUCUGCGAAAGAGCAACAAGCACACCAAUGCUGAGAAAGGUAAUAAUAAAAGAGGGGGAAGAUGAAGAGUGGUUCUGGGAAGGUGACUUGAAUAGAACAAUAACAAAGAUCUAUGAGGAUAAGGCUGAUCAAAUUGUAGAUACAACAGAACAAGAAAUAUCCGAGCUUCCAAGUUCAUCUGAUGAUGACGAGCAAAAAGAGAAAGCCUCAUCAACAGAUCCUCAAGAUGCAGAAAAAUCACAUGAUCCAUCUAGUGGGACUGUAGAAAUGUGUGACACAAUCAAGAAGUCUUCAAUUUCAACUUCUCAAAUUGUCCCAAGCUCUACCAUGAUUCCCAGUGCAGAUGGAUCAGGUGAUGCAUGCAUUGAGGCUCAAAAGAUGUGCGAUACUACCAUGAAGCCUUCAAGUGAUCCAACGACUCAGAAUGUACCAAACUCUACCAUGAUUCCUGAUGCAGCCCCAAUAGAUCCAUCACCUGCAAAAGCUCUGGAACCUAUGACUUCAUCAAUACUGGAAUCGAAUACUCAUAGUGGUCACAAGUGGUUUAGUGACAUUCCAAAACAAAACUUACCAUAUUUGGAGGCUGGGGUGAAACGUCAUCCACAAGUGCUUGACUGGUUCGGUACAAAGCGGAGGAGAGUAUUCGCUUCCUUAUUCAUCGAAGUCACUCGCAUUCUGAGGACCACUCGGAGAUGCGACUUAACAGAGGAUGAUCAAAGCUACAUCAAAGAGUGUUGCACUGCCUUAGAAGCAAUUGGUUUUGAUGCUUCCUGGCUCAGUUAUGUGCAUGGCUGCAUUGAGAGCCGUGGUGAUGGAAAUCAACUCAUGAGAAAGCUUGAGGAGACCGAAGCCAAAGUUUCUGCUCUUAGAAAUGAGUUAGCUUCUGCUGAGGCAUGCUUGGUGUCAUUGCGAGAUGAGGCGAAUAGGCUCCAUAAUUUUAUUGAGUCAUGA